AUGGCGGCGCUUCGAGUCGCGGCGAGGAGGCUCGUCGGCGGUGGCCAGACGCCGGCGGUGGCUGUGGAGAAGGCUCAACGCCGGCUCUUCCCGAGGCUCUCCGAGGUCGACCGGGCUAGGUCGACCACGUCCUCCGCUUCUGCUGCCGCGGACACCAAUGUGACGGCGGCCAAGGGCGGUGAAGAUCGGGAGAAACUCCUGACAGAGAUCCAUAAUAUGAGAGAGGAGUUGUACUAUAAGGUUUUGCACGCGCAAAGGACCUACAAUAUCCCUGGCAGGGCAGGCAAAAAUUUCAGUCGGCUGCGCGAGGAGCUCGCCAUGCAAGUGGAUCCUAGACCCUGGGACACCACAUGGCGCCACACGCGAUUGCUAAAUGUACUUGAGCGUUGCAUCGGAUUUGCGUUUUUGUCCUUCAGCUCGUAUGUGCUCAUAGGCAUGGCCGUUGGUAAGAUCGUUGAAUUGGAUCCAGAUGAAAAGCAAUUAAUCAAGAAGAAAAGAGGGGAGGCACACAAGCAAAGUGAAACGAAAUGAUUGAGAGCCAUGUUAUGAACGACACAGGUCCAAUAAAAGGUUGUUAGUGUGCGAAAAAUGCUAGUAAUGGAAGCCA